AUGACUCAAAAUGAAGGUGGAGACGGUGGGAAUGGAAACAAUGCUGGUGGCGGCGGCGGUGAUGGUAACAAAAAGUCACAGCCUAAAGAUGUAAAACAAGAACAGCAACCAGUAGCACACCCAGCUAAAGAACAAUUACCUGGGGUUCAAUAUUGCAUAAAUAGUCCUCCACCUUGGCCUGAAGCACUUUUAUUGGGGUUCCAGCAUUAUGUUCUGACUCUUGGCAUGACUGUUCUGAUUCCAACUAUAGUUGUACCUCAAAUGGGUGGAAGCAAUGUCGAAAAGGCCAAGGUGAUCCAAAGUACAUUGUUUGUAUCAGGAAUAAGCACACUACUUCAAUGUUUGUUCGGAACGCGAUUGCCGACUGUAGUUGUUGGUUCAUACACUUACCUAAUACCUAUUAUGUCAGUUGUUCAAGCCAGCAGAUACAAUUCAUAUACAGAUCCUUACGAGAGGUUUACUAAGACAAUUAGAGGAAUACAAGGUGCCAUGAUUAUAAGUGGAUGUUUUCAAAUGCUUAUUGGAUUCUUAGGCUUAUGGAGAAAUGCUGUCAGAUUCCUUAGCCCACUUUGUGUUGUCCCUUAUGUAACUUUCACUGGACUUGGUCUCUAUCAUCUUGGUUUUCCUAUGCUGGCAUCAUGUGUUGAAGUUGGGCUUCCAGCACUAAUUUUGAUGGUUUUCAUCUCUCAGUAUCUUCAUCGUUAUAUAAGCACCGGGAAGCCUACAUUUGACCGAUUCGCAGUUCUGUUUUCCAUCGCAAUUGCUUGGUUAUUUGCACAGCUUCUUACUUCAAGCACUGCAUAUAACAACAAACCAGAAGUCACACAGAAUAGUUGUCGCACUGAUCGGGCUGGUCUUAUUAGUUCUGCUAAAUGGGUGUAUUUUCCUUUACCCUUCCAAUGGGGAAGUCCUACCUUCAACUAUGGGGAUACUUUUGCUAUGUUAACUGCUUCUUUUGUUUCUCUUUUUGAGUCUACCGGUACAUUUUAUGCUACGGCCAGAUAUGGAAGUGCAACGCCUGUGCCACCUUCUGUUAUCAGCCGCGGAACUGGCUGGCUGGGAGUAGCAUCUUUUUUCAAUGGCAUGUUUGGUUCUGUAACUGGAAGCGCGGCAUCGGUGGAAAAUGCCGGAUUAUUGGCAUUGACAAAAGUCGGAAGCCGAAGAGUCAUCCAAAUAUCAGCCGGUUUUAUGAUUUUCUUUUCUGUAUUCGGAAAAUUUGGAGCAUUUUUUGCUUCUAUACCUUUGCCAAUCAUGGCAGCAUUAUACUGCGUAUUCUUCGGCUAUGUGUCUUCUGCGGGUCUCGGUUUUCUCCAAUUUUGUAACCUCAACAGUUUCAGAACCAAAUUCAUAUUAGGCCUCUCGUUCUUCCUCGGCGUUUCUAUACCACAAUAUUUCACAGAAUAUUAUCAAGUAAAACUAGACCAUGCAGGUCCUAGAUGGCUCAAUGAUAUCAUGACUGUAAUCUUCGCAUCGCACACAAUGGUGGCUGCCUUGGUUGCUUUCAUUUUGGAUCUCACAUUGUCGCGUGAAGAUGAUGCAGCCCGUGUUGACAGUGGUUUGAAAUGGUGGGAAAAGUUCAGUAUCUACGGAUCUGAUGUUAGGAGCAGUGAGUUCUAUGGUUUACCAUGCAGCCUCAAUGAGUUUUUUCCAGCUCUUUAAUCAGUAUUUUU